UCUAAAGUCAGCGUCAAGGCAUUUCAGUACCACCGGCCCAGGUAGGUCUAUGUUGGGCUAGGCAGUUUCGUGUCACAGCAAGACACCGAGGUUGGGUUUCAUUAUCCCCAAGUUGCUCACGCAUUGCGUGUACAAUCCCUAUAAGUCGUACACAUCUGCUGUCCUCUUCAUCGAUAGUUUCCUAUUUCUCUUCAUACCAACUCACAUCUUCUGCACAUUGCAUCUUAUACACAGACAUCCUCAGUCCAUUGAACACUUCCAUUCCACAGCACAUAUUAUAUCCUAUUCCAGCAACAUGUCUCGUCAAAUCUAUCUCCUAGUCUUCCCAGCAGCAGCUAAUGCCUCCCGUGUCAAUGGCACUCGUGCUCAUUGGGCAAUACUCAUUCCACAGGCAGGAUCCGAAACAAAAGGCACUGUUAUCCACGUCGUCGGUACUCCUUUCACUGGCUACGGAUUGGAGUUCAAGCGCGGUUACGAUUGCAGCGUGACUCGUCGAGCAUACCAUAAGAUGCCUCUUGCAUUGGUCAGAGAGGAGCAUAUUCAAGACGUCUCCGCAACACACCCGAACGAGGUCGAUGUCACUCCCAGGGAUGCGCUCGAAACGGAAGCCAAGAAGAUUGACCCGCCAACCGCGAGCCCAGAGCCUUUGAACCCCAGAGUGGGCAAGAGGUGUCAAGACUGGACCCUUGAGUAUAUUCAGUGGUUGAUCAGUCGUGGAUAUCUGACCUCCGAGGCACUCGCUGUCUUGGAUGCUGCGAAAGCACUUGAGACUCGCGCCUAAAUUUGUUUAUUGGAUGGAAAUCACCUUAUCUCGCUUAUCGUGUGUGAGGAGUAGGUUGAGGAUGUGGUGUUCGAGUUGGGGAAAGGAGGGGGUCGAGGAAGGGUAGAUAUUGUUG